AUGACCGCCCGCCUGCUCGCCACUUACCUGGCGCUGUUCGCCGCACAGGGCGUGCUGCAGGAGCUCAAGCUGUUCGGCGUGCCCAACCUGGCGGAGGUGCAAUGCGUCAGCACGUUUCAGGUGUACACUGUGUUCGGGGCGCGUGAAGGGCGAGUGGACUGUGGUAGAAAGCAGAGCAGGCAAUUUCGGCUGCUGGAAUGGCAGGAUGAAUGUGCGUUUGCAGUGUGCGGCAGGCACAAACCAAUGUCCCCGCAGGGGACCCUUUGUCAACGGAGCCUCGUGGAUACUCGCUGUGGCCAAGAGCGCGAGAAACAAAUGAAUAUGUAA